GCCGCUCCCUCCCGUCCCAUGGCGGCGGCGCGGCCGGUGCUGGCUCGGGCCUUGCUGCAGCAGUGCCUGUUCGCUCGGCUGCAGGUGAAGCCGCCCGAGCACGGCGCGGAGGCUGAGUGGGAGGAGAAUGGGUGAAAUAUGAAUAAUGCUUCUCAUUGUUCAGUGAGCCUGAAUGAAGAUGUCAAAGAAUAAUUCAUGCAUUUUACUGAUAACAGCAAAUCCACACAGCACAGCUGCUUGCUUUUUACUACGAUUCUGUUAUUUCUAUAUGUGGCAAUAUUCAAAAACUUUCAGAAGUCUCAGAAUUGGAGUAGACAUCUGUGAGAUCCAGAGAGGACUUGUUAUCUACAUAUGCUUUUUCAAAGGUGCUGAUGAGGAUCUUGUUCCAAAAAUUGUCAAUGUGCUGUUGAAUGUUAAAUUAAGUGAAGAUGAAAAUGGCGAGUACGUAUCUGUCCUUGAUUUACCAGGCAAUGUGCUUAUCAUACCACAAGCUACACUGGGUGGCAAACUGAAGGGAAGAAAGAUGCAGUACCACACAAACAUUGAAAAAGAAAAAGGAAUGGAACUUUAUUCUCAGUUUGUGUCUUUGUGUGAAAAGGAACUGGCUGCCAAUCCCAAAUGCAUGGAAGCAGGUGUUCUUGUUAAGCAUGGCACAUAUGGAAACAGACAGGUGUUAAAACUGGAUACAAAUGGACCUUACACUCAUCUGGUUGAAUUCUGAAAAAAUAAAUGCUAUCAUGGCUACAA